AAUAGAAAAACAUGCGAUAAAUCAGGCCAGUUUUCUGAUAGGCCAUGCUGGCCAAAUUGCCUCUUUCGUGCCGAAUACACGACUCUCUUGUAAGAACUUUUGAAGAAGAAAACCUAGGACACACGUUAGAUAACCAAAACUGGUUACAACAACUGAACGAAAACAAGUGCCUACUUAAUUAAAACAAUAAACUUUUCUUUAGUUUAUUGACUAAAUACUUGUAAGUAGUUGGUGUAAACAUUAUAAGAGAUUAUCGGCAUUUUUAAUUAUUUAUCCUUAUCGUUUAAGCAAAUAGUUGAUUAAGUAUUUAUCUGUGAACACGAUUUUGUCAUCAGCAGUGUUGUGAACAAUUCGUGAAAGAAAGGUCCAAAGAUGCAGUCCGGUCUAAUAUUAUUCUCAGUCCUCAGUCUAGGCUUAAUAGCAGCCACCCCGGUAGAUGUAACAAAAUUCAAUCAAAUCCAACUCAAUGAAGAUGCGGCUUUCCGAAACUCAAUCCUAGAGAAUGCUAUCCUGCAAGCAUUGGAAGGCUUGAGGAAAGAUAUGGUGCAAGGUACUAAUGACAUACCAGUACUCGAUCCUUUGGAAGUGGAGCAUUUGCAAUUGAACGAAGAAUUGCUCACCUUACCUGGAUCCCACGUGACCCUGAAAGACCUCGUGGUUACCAAGUUGAGCACCUUCGUGGUAGACACACUGUCCGUCACCUCAGAAACUUUACUGCCUCUACGUUAUCGAAUCACCUUCGAUAUACGGAUCCCUGUAUUGGUUGCCGAGGCUGAUAACUACGACCUUAAGAUUAUAGCACAAGGUCUCAACAUAUUCGGAAACGGUGAUGCUAAGGUAACUCUGAUUGAGCCAAAAGUGCACGGCCAUCUUAUAUUGAGCCCAAGACUCACGAUCGGAUCUGGCUUGUACUACAGUAUCACCACCAGUAAUGUUAAUUUCUCGCUAAAAGGAUUUGAUUCCAACAUCAACGGGUUGAUGAAUGAUCCUGGAAUGUCAGAAUUUAUCAACACAUUCUUAAAACACUUCGUGCCAGACGCAGUGGUCGUGUAUCACGAUGAUAUUACCAAAAUAUUAAGCGAAACUGUUAUGGAAGUAGGAAAUGAACUGCUGAAGGACCUGAACCUAGGUUCAAUCCUUGGAUGAAUGAAAUUUCAAUUCGAUCUACAACGCACAUCAAGUUAAUCUGAGUAAUUAAUGGAUUUUCAACUAUAAAGUUAAAGAAAUAAAGUUGUUAAUACAUUAUUGAGGUGACUUUAUGUGGUAGCAAUAUUACAUGUUUUAUAACAAUAUUAUUAAUCAAACAAUCUUUUAUAACAAUAAACAAGUGAACACACGA